UUUUUUUUUUCUUUUUAUAUAUUUAUAAUUAUAUAUUUAUUUUAUUUUUUUAUUAUUACUUUAAACAUACAAAUACAUAUAUACACACAUGACUACACCUUUGGAAAACGAAAAAGUACUUGUUUCCCAGGCAUCUGUCAAUUCAUUCGCACGUCAACCUGAAGAACAUUUGGAAACCAUGACCAAGGAAGAUUUGGAAAAUGAAAAAGCCGUUGAAAAAAAACUGGUGAGAAUCUUGGAUUAUCGUUUAUUGAUUUGGUCUUUCUUUGGAUAUUUUGCUAAUGGUCUUGAUCGAAACAAUAUGCCCAACGCUUAUACCAGUGGUAUGCCUGAAGAACUCAAUUUACAACAAUAUGAAUAUAACUGGGCUGUUACUCUCUUCUUUAUUGGUUAUGUUACACUUCAAAUUCCUUGUAAUGCUAUUAUCACUCGGGUUCGACCAAGUAUCAUGUUACCAUUCAUCAUGUUUUUAUGGGGUGCCGUUGUAUGUUUUAUGGCUUUGGUGAAGGAUUAUAGAGGAUUAUAUGGUCUUCGUAUUUGUCUUGGUAUCAGUGAAGCAGCAUUUUACCCAGGUAUUGUCUAUUUACUGGGAUCUUGGUAUACUAAACAAGAAUUAGGUGCUAGAACUGCUGUAUUUGUAGCUGGCUCUCAAAUUUCUGGUGCGUUCAGUGGGAUCAUCAGUGGUGCAAUCUCUACUACUUUGGAUGGUCAUAAUGGAAUGAGAGGAUGGAAAUGGUUGUUUAUUAUCGAAGGACUUAUCGCUGUGUUCAUCUCUAUUUUUGGAUUCUUUGUAUUGCCAGAUAUGCCUAACAACACCAAGUUCAUUACUGGAGAACUCCGUGAAUUGGCUUUAAAGCGAUUGCGUCGUGAAGGCAAGGAAACUGUGGUAUCUGGAUUGAACUGGGUCACUUUCCGCAAUUUGUUUGGAUCUCCUUAUAUUCUCAUCUAUAUUAUGGUAUUCUCGAUCAUGCAACUUGGUAUGGGUAUCCUUCAACAAUUCCCUAUUAUUUUGAAGCAAAUGGGUUACCCAACUUAUUUUGCCAAUUAUAUGCAAGCACCUCUCUGGAUCUUUGCUGGUAUUAUCAUCAUCACCCAAGGUUUUCUUUCUGACUACAAAGGUGCUCGUGUGUGGCAUAUUGUUGGUGGUGGUUUGUGGACUCUUUUUUGGUACAUCAUCAUGGUUGCCGUCAACGGUGGUAACCUUCCCGUACCUCUUCUCUUUGUGUGUACCUUUAUGGCCGUUCCUGUGCUUGGUAUCUCACCAAUCAUGAUGACUUGGCUCAAUGAAUUCUACUCGGCUGAUAUGGAAACUCGUGCCUUGGCCAUUGCCAUGACUAAUUCUAUUGGUAAUCUUGCUCCCAAUUUCGCUAAUGUCAAGCUCUGGUAUGUGGAAGAUGCGCCUGCUUUCCGUCUUGGUAAAAUCGCCACCAUGUCUCUACUUGCCGCGAUGAUAGUCCUGGUGACUGUCAUGUAUGCUCUUCAACGUGCUGGUUGGUUGCUUCCCAAGCCUGCUCGCAAGAUUGAAACUGAAACCAUCGUCUCUGACAAAGUAUCCAACGAACGUGAUGAUGGAUUCGCUUAGUUUAGUUUAGUUUAGUUUAGUUUAUUUUUUAUUUUUUAUUAUUUUGUAUUUCUUAUUUUAUGUAUUUUAUGUAUUUUUAGCUUUCUAUAGUAA